AUGGAUCUCGAACAGACGUUUAUGACUAUUCACAACCUGACAGCAGAGGCGAAUAUCCUUUUCGCGUCCGACUCUAUCCUCGACAUUCUUGGCUAUCAUCCAGACGAGGUCAAGGGGAAAUCAUGCUUUGACUACUUCCAUCCGGAUGACGUGGCACUAGCCCGCCGUGUCCAUCAGGAGGGCGUGCUGCUCGACAAAGCAGCUGUUCUGCACUAUACCAGAAUCGCCUCGAGAGAUGGAAAGUGGAUUAACUGCGAAUGUUGCUUUACCGUUGUUCAUGAUGUGCUGGUUGCGAGCACGAGCAUUUACCGGGGUGGUCUGAAAAGCGAGAGGAGAAAGCUGGAUGCGCCGCAGAUUGAACGGAUAUUCUCAUCAGCACCUCGAGACCCCAGAUAUCAUAUGCUCGAGCACAUGUCACCCAAGUUCACCAUGCCUCCAGCGGGCCGCGAACCCCGUGCAGCGCUCAUUCUCAACCGUUUCACUCGGAACCUCAGUAUCAUGUUCGCCACUAACGCGGUCGAGUCUAUCCUUGGCAUAAGUCCAGAGGAGAUCAAGGAUAAGCCUUUCUACGAGUGUAUUCAGGAGAACUGUCUACAGGAAGCUAUUCAGGUGUUGGAGAGUGCCAAGGCCAACGAGUCGAUUGCUUAUCUUCGCUUCUGGUUUCGGGAUCCACGUAUAGGCACGGAUGGCCAGGACGAGGACGAGGAAGAUGACGAGGACCAAGAUGAGGAAGAUUCUGAUGAUGAGGAAAAUGACGAGGACGAUGAUGAGCUGGAAUACUUGGGAAGCAGGGCUAAAGGUUCAAAAGGCAAGGUCGUCAGAAGGGACGAUGACCAGAUGGAUAUUGAUGACAAGCCGUCAGGGUCGGGGUCAAGGGAAAGAAGGGGCGAACCGGAGGAAAGAGAAAGAGACCGUCGACCCUCCAGUUUUGAGCUGGAGGCAGUUGUGUCUUGUACUUCGGACGGGCUUGUCGUAGUGCUCCGAAGAGCACGGCCACAGGUCCCCGAGCACGUACCUCAACCAGUACCAGUUUUCACUUACGAGAACGGCCUCUUCGCUGCGCCAUGGGGUCUCCGUCCAAUUGAGCCUUCUGUGCCGCCAGAACUCAUUCAUAUAUUCAGGCCCCCCCUAUUACCCCAGCACAUGCCGCUUAAAGAAAACGUGAGGGCAGCAGGUGGUCCACCGAUGGACCAGCUGAUGAGGUCCAUUCGCGACGUCGCAGUCUUUGCCUGGGCCCUGGUGGGCAUCAAUGGCAACAUUGCAAACUUCGCACACGGUUUCCCGCCGAGAGAUGACGCGCAGCCGGCGGCGGGGGAUGGUCGGUAUCCAGGACGAGGGGACAGUCGAGCUUUGAAUCAGCAUCUCGAAAACUGCAGGCUAUACUACAACCCCAACAACAACGGAGGGUCUCUUGCGGCGACAGUAAGGGGAUCAUCCCCGCUAGAGUAUCCCCCAGGACAACAAGCGCUCCCGGGUGGAGGUGGAAGUGGAAGUGGAAGCGGGUGUACAUGUCGCGGUGCAAGUGCUGGUGCUGGCCCUUCUCAGCGUCAACAUACCCCGGGAGUGUACCCUUACGCACCGCAAGCACAACGACACGGCUUUGAGUCACGGCCGGAAUAUCGAUCCCAAUCAGGCGGAGUAUUCUGCCGUGGCGCUCUCCAGCAGUCAAGCGAGGAACCUGGUUCGCCUGUACCAUCAGCAUCAUCCGCUUCUUCGAUCAUGCAGCAACACCAACACUACCACCGCACCUCUCCCCUUCAACAACAAUAUCAUCAUCACUCUCCGUCUCCGAUGCUGUCUCCCCGUCAAGUAGCUACACCUGAAUCGGAAUAUGCUCCCGCUCUCACUCCCGCAAGACACGACCUACCGCCAGAGCCUUGGACAGCAGAGGCAGCGGCGAGAGCAGCUUCGAGAGCUUCGUCGGCGGUGGCCGGGGCGGCGACGGCUGCUAGCACGUUGACGCAGGCGGGUGAGCCGGAUGGGAAUGAGAUGAGGAGGAAUUCGAGGUUUUUGUGGCAAUAA